UGUUUGUCAUUAUUCUUCGCGAUCCAAAAACUUGAGCGAUAUUUAAAGGGCCAGUAACAUAGAAUCCGCAAAAAAUCAGUUAAACUGCAAUGAAAGAGUCCUGAUCGAGGCUCGGACUGAUCAAACAUGUGCGAAGUAUGCGCGGAUUUUGUGCAAUUGCUUGUUUCUUACGAGGCACAAGUCUGUAGAGAGACGACGGAACAACCCACUUUAACCAAGGAUGAUGUGGAUACAACUUUUGUGUACGUCCAGACAUGGCCAGCAAGACAGUGCAUGUGUUGCUACAGAGAUCCCAAGAAUCUGGAAAGAUUCAGCUACUUAACACAGGGUCUAAUUUUUAUGGCAGUAUCCCAGUUAAAACAGUUAGUAGAUAAAUGCUCUGAAUCCGAGAAUAAUGGAGAUAAAAAGGAAGAACUGGUUAAAAAAGCCCCAGAAAAGCCAAAAGAAGGUGAAAAGGAAGGCCAGCAGAACCAGGAAGAUGAGAAAGAGAAUGCUGAAGUGAUAGAACGCGAUAAACUUCUUAUUUUAGUUUCAAAAAUUUUCUUAUUGAAUUUUCCUCUGUAUGUAGCCUUUAAGCAUACUAUUCAGUCGAAGGUGGAUGAUUUGACACAGCAAGAGAUGGCGAAUUUGAACUUGUUUUGUGACCUGCACGAUUCAGAAAUACCAAUUUAUUUAUUAAAGAAUGUCAGUUGGUUUUGUAAAAUAGGAGGUUUACUGGCAAUGACGAAUUGCUUUACGCAUCUAUCUCCAGAAAUGCUGCCAGUUUCCACUGCCCAUGCAAUGAUUUCUGUUGUUUGUAAUUUAAAAUUGUGGAUGAACUAUAAGAGUAUGGUGACAAUGUUAGUACCUUUAAGAUCGUGUGUUUUAAGAUAUAUGUGUAAGUUGUCAGACCAAGAUCUAAGAACACCUACAAUUAAGAGUAUGGCAGAGUUCAUGUGGAAUGCUAUUAAAGAUCCUUUAGACUCUCCAGUGGCAUUUGAUCUUGACGGUUUGGAUUUGGCAUUCAAGUAUUUCACAUCCAGUACUUUAACAAUGAGACUGGCUGGAAUUACACAGAUAAACAACCAGAUAGGCGUUUUAGCUGAAAUAUGCGUCGGAGAAACCCUCCCUGACGCCGAAGCUGUCCCAAGACACAUGGCAGACUGGCUCAUAAACAACAAUAUAAUUUCCCACAUUUUCGGCCCCAAUCUCCACGUGGAAGUGAUCAAACAGAGCCACAUCAUCUUGAAUUUCUUGGCCAUGGAGGGUAGAAUCACUUGCGAGCAUAUGGACGUUAUCUGGGCAGCUGCGCAGCUGAAACACUGCGCAAAACCCGUGCACGACUUGCUUCCAGGUCUUGUUAAACACCUUGCAGCUGCUCCGACGUUGCACUUGUACAAUUUGCUGACGAAAUUGGAGCCGAAAGAACAUACGGAACAGACCCUCUACCUGGCCAGUGCUUUGAUCAAGUCUGUGUGGUCAAGAGGAGGGGCUGCUCCAGAGGUGGGACUGAUCAAUGUAGCGGCGUCUAGUGCUGGAAUUACGCUGCAUAAAUGUACAGCUACAUCGUCAGAAAAUAGUGUUUCUUUGGACGCCAGUAACUCGGAAGAGGAGCACGGCGACAGCACGGGGCACUCGGAAAGCCACAAAUCGGACAGCGAGGAAAUCGACGCCGUCGAAAUAGAGGAGGAAGACCACGGUCAGAUUGUUGUCGAUAACAGUGGGCCCCCUCCAUGCAAGCUAGCACGCAAGCAGUUGAUCGAAAGGGUUCAUUGUCAGGGCACCAAUAGUAGUACCGACACGGAGAUCGAUGGAGUACCGCUGAAGACGUCACCGACUCCAGAGAAAAUGAAGUGGCCUCAGGCAGUCAAGAGUAAAAGCGACAGAAAAGCUCAUGUCAGGAAGAAAAUACUGUCUGCUAUAAAUGUUAUGCCCGAGGGAGUGGAGAAUAUCGCUUCUAGUAGUAGUCAAGACGAGGCUGAUACAGAGGACAGUCCUACCAAGAUGAGAAAAAGGAGAAAAUUUUUGAGGAAAGCUAGAGUAAAACGACAAAAAGGCAACAACCACAAACGAGCCAUGGGGCGUUUGACAGGCAUAGAAACACUAAGCGAAGUUGAAGUAGACAGUGACCACGAAAUCAAAGCGCUAAAGAGCCACUCAACUCAGGAAGGCAUCAUGUUGCCGGCCGAAAUAAACACUUUGGUGCAGACUAGUUUAAAACCAAACAUAUACUUGGAGGAAAGUUCUUCAUGCAGUGAGCUGGGUAAAGAAGAACACAUGGCACAGGCUGCAGCUUGCGGUAACUACAUCACUCUUCAUUCUACUGGAGGACAUAUUUUGGAGAUGCUUAGUGGCGAAGAGGCUGAAAUAGAAGGUGAUGCUGAGGGUAGUUAUUCCUCUCGGAUGAGUAACAAAUCCGAAAAAAACAUGGCGGACUUUGACGGAGAAGACUCUGUAUGUGAGGAGGAGUUAGCCCAACUUACUGAGAAUCAUCCUAACCUCAAUCUCCACAUAAUAGCACACACUCCCGAAAAAUCUCCUUCAGUAAGAAUGAUCGAUCCACGGUUGUCAGCUUGUUUUAAACCUGACAACGUGUGUCAACCUGGCAACACUCUUCUCUGGGAUCUACUACAAGAUGACAAAAUCUGUCAACUCGGUGAAGGUUUGGCAGUGGAAGCAGAAAAAACGUUAUGCAACCUGAUUUGCUUUAUGCCAGAUAAGGAAAUCAGAAUGAAAUUUAUUGAAGGAUGUUUAAACAACCUUGCCAACAACGUUUCAGUGAUAGUUUCCUUGAGGAUGUUGCCAAAACUGUUGACAUCUUUCAGGGGUUUAGAGAUGCAUCACGUGACUUCUUGGGCCGAACGUCAGCAUCACAUGAUGACUCAUUUCUUUAAUAAUCUCAAAGCAUACACUGCCAAUCCUGAAAAAUCUAUACCAUUGUACAGUCAUCAGAUGCAAGUGCAAGUUAGGCUGCAUUUUUUAUCAGCCGUUUUUUCGCCUAUGGUGUCGCCAAAUAAUUUUAAGUUAAGUAUAGACCAAGUAGACACUUUGUGGCAGUGUCUAGCCCACGAUCCCGAGUGUUCAGACGAACUAUUCAGCUGGCUUCUGUCCCAAACCAAGACAAACGAACUACACGCCUUAAGAGUGGACGCCUUGAGAAGACUCUACCUUCAUCAUCUCCCUAGUUUACCUCCAGCGAAGUUCAGCAUGAUCUGCCUGAGUCUGUUUCAGCAUCUUUGCAGCCUGCAUCACUUGAUGACAGCAAAUAUGGAUACUGAUGACGGGGAUAAAGAGAACAGAAACGUUGGAAUGGAUCACAUGUGGAAAAUAGCUCUAAGGGCUAAUAAUACAGAUGUCAGUAUGGCAGCUAUCCAGUACAUAAACAGCUUUUAUAUGGGUCAGAACCUUCAAAAUGAAAGUCAGUUCGUGGAUCAGUGCAUGACGCAUUUAAAAGAAGCAUCGGAAGAUCUACUUUCAAAUCACGGCACUGAGGAAAGUUCUUUGUUGUGUAUACAGAGGGCGCUUUUGUUGAUGAAGACGCACAUCGAAACAUUCAGACGAAGAUACGCUUAUCAUCUGAGAAAAUGGGCUUUGGAAGGCAAAGGUAUUGAAAGUCAUUCUGCAGCCAUAGGUGAAAGAUCGAGUACACCAAUCAGAAUCGUGGUACAGUCUGGUAGCUGUUCUGAGCGGUGUAUCUUAGAAAUGAUGGUUUCAGACUAUGUAGCUGACUUGAGGGCUGAAAUAGUAAAAUGGUGGGAAGGUAUCCAGAAAAUUAAGGCACAGGAAGAGGGUAUGGAUGGUGGAACAAGUGGAUCAACUGGAAAACGGCCGGAUACAUGGAUACGGAUAAUUACUCAAGGCCAGGAACUGUCUAUAGAGUGUGACGAAAAAACUCUGCAAGAAAUGGGUUUUAAAGAUAACCAAAUCACGUACAUCUCCGUGGGUAUGUCCAGGAAUAUGAAGAAACGGGAAUUUUUGGAUGCUCCUUCAAUGCAAGCUGCGCCACCCAGAGACUGCCUUCCCGCUUUGUUAUUGUUGCAGCCAAACUACUUUGAACAGUUGUUCUUGCUAAUGCAUACCCUGAGUUCCAUGAAGAUCAUAGUGAAAGGGGGUAGAGUAAUUCCUCACACGAAAGCCCAGGUUCUUAGCAGACGCGUCUGGGACAUUUUGAGCCUGAUGCCCACCAGUCCCAAACUACUUCAAGGUUUCCAACGGCUCGACAUUCCUCUCCCCGAGCUCCUGGACCCGUCCAGCGCUCAGAAACUUAUGUAUUCCCUGUAUAUCGUCGAAUCUCUGUCCGUUAGAAACCAGGCUAAGUAUGGGGAUGACGAGGAAGAGUCUUGGACCAGGAAGUUCAUAGAAUGUGGAGGUUUGAGGCACUUGUAUGACGUAUUUAUGUCAGGAGUGCUUCAACGUGACGGUGGAGAUGGUAGCGACUGGCAACAAGACUGCCUGGCCUCUUUACUGAAACUUUUGUGCCACCUUGGCGUGGAUCCACUGCCUCAAGAAGCCAGACCGUCCAGGAACGACAAGAUCAUCAUUCCAAGCCUGAACGAAGCAAUGCUUUCCAUGGUGGACGUUAAAACCACCAUGCCCAAGCUUACAAGCAUCCUGAAAGAAGCAUCGAUGCCUAAGGAUCCAAAUCAUUAUAAAACUGGCUUUUGGGGAAGAGCACAGGUUGUUCACUAUGCUAUGGCUCUUUUGGUAUCAUGGCUACACUGUAGCGAAGAAGCUAGACAAAGGCUUUUUGAGUCAGAGGAUUUCUCGAUUUGGUUGCAGAGGUUAGUUUUGGAAGAUCCAGAACCAGCUGUACGUCGUGAAGUAUGCUCAGCCAUCUACCGGCUUUGUUUGGGUAUUUCAGAGAACGGCGAACCAAUGGAAAGCAAUUUGGUGGCUCCGAUGUUGGCUCAGUUGCUCAUUUAUUUAGAUAAAGCCGAAAGUAUGAGGCCUCAAAAGUUCGAAACUAUGCAACCACCUGAAGAGGGCAAGGAACCUUAUGGGCCGGCUUGUAGGGACUAUUUUUGGCUGGUGUCUAGGUUGGUAGACAGUCUUUCGGAUGAUUUAGUCAAAGAAAGCAUAGAAGAGCCUCAGAAUUGCGUGAUUGAUAUCAACGAAUUGACGUCAAAAAUCGCCCAGUCUGUUUUGACAAGGGAUUUUUUGGAAACACGUCAUAGAACGGUUGAAGACGAUGGUUUAAUAGGACUACUCAACCUUCUAACUAAUUUGUUGAAGCAUAGACCACCGUUUCAGACUGGUAAAGGAGGACAAGAAUUGUUAACUGAGGUUUUCGAGUUCUUAUUCGCCCUACCCAACCCAAAACUGCGCCACGUCCCCAAAUGCAAAUCCCCAAGGUCACGCACUGCAGCCUUCGACCUUUUGGUCGAACUAGUCAAGGGAUCCCCCGAAAACUACGCCAUCCUCCACGAAAAACUCCUUAAACAGCACCAGCCAGGCCCCAAUUCACCAUAUCCCUGGGACUACUGGCCCCACGAGGACGGCAGAUCAGAGUGCGGUUACGUCGGACUGACAAACUUGGGUGCCACGUGCUACAUGGCCUCUUGCAUGCAGCACUUGUACAUGAUGCCUCAGGCGAGGGCUUCUAUACUGGGCGCUAGCACUGAGCACUCCAAGCACGAGCCUACAUUGAAGGAACUCCAAAGGAUGUUCGCUUAUUUGUUGGAGAGCGAAAGGAAGGCGUACAAUCCUAGAAGUUUUUGCAAGGUAUACACGAUGGACCACCAACCUUUGAACACAGCCGAACAAAAGGACAUGGCCGAAUUUUUCAUAGAUUUAGUGAGUAAGUUAGAGGAAAUGACGCCGCCACUGAAGGAAAUCGUCAAAAAACUCUUCUGUGGUGUCAUAAGCAACAACGUGGUCUCAUUGGACUGCGAUCACGUGAGCAGAACACUGGAGGAAUUUUAUACUGUUCGAUGUCAGGUUGCAGAUAUGAGAAAUCUAUAUGAGUCACUAGAUGAAGUGACAGUGAAAGACACGUUAGAAGGAGAUAAUAUGUAUACUUGCUCUCAAUGUGGAAAAAAAGUUAGAGCUGAAAAAAGAGCAUGCUUCAAACAACUGCCUCAUAUCCUGUGCUUCAACACCAUGCGAUAUACGUUCAACAUGCUUACAAUGCUCAAAGAGAAGGUAAAUACACAUUUUUCAUUUCCACUAAGACUGAACAUGGCCGGUUAUGUUGAAAAAACUUUAAUGCCUCAACACUACCAAGAAGAAAAAUUGAAAGACCUUGAAAGUGAACAGUACGAAUAUGAUUUGAUUGGCGUGACAGUUCAUACAGGUACGGCUGAUGGAGGACAUUACUAUAGUUUUAUAAAAGAUAGAACAGCGGGAUCGAGGGAUAAAUGGUUCCUUUUUAAUGACGCAGAGGUGAAACCUUUUGACCCUAAUCAGAUAGCUGCCGAAUGUUUCGGGGGUGAAAUGACUAGCAAGACUUAUGACAGCGUGACGGAUAAGUUCAUGGACUUCAGUUUCGAGAAGACCAACAGCGCCUACAUGUUAUUUUAUGAAAGAUGUCCUCUGGGAAGUACCGAUUCUACUGAGAGUAGUUCAACUAACCUAGAGUCGGUCGAAAGUACCGGUAGUUCGUCUACACCAACGAUGACGUUUGAACUUAGCAAAGAGUUGGAGGACUGGAUUUGGCAGGAUAACAUGCAUUUUAUUCAAGAUAAAAAUAUUUUCGAGCAUACUUACUUCAAUUUCAUGUGGCAAAUUUGCGGACAUAUUCCUAAAAGUAUUCUGCCCAUUGAGCCAAACAUAACUCAAAAAGCUGCGCAAUUAUCCACGUCGUUUUUUAUAGAAACUUUUAUUCACGCUAAAGAAAAGCCCACUAUGGUACAGUGGGUGGAACUAGUCACCAAGCAAUUCAACGCAUGCCAAGAGGCGUGCGUUUGGUUCUUGGAACACAUGGCUCAAGACGUGUGGUGGCCUGUGCAAGUGUUGCUCAAAUGCCCUAAUCAAAUGGUGAGGCAGAUGUUUCAGAGGCUGUGCAUUCAUGUGAUACAGAGGCUCAAGCAGUCUCAUUCUAGUUUAUAUUUAAAAAUGGAUGAAGACGUGGACUUGUCUGAAGUGGACGACAUCCAGAACGUCGACAUCAGUAAAAUUGGCAACGCCUCCUGCGUUACUAAGUUCAUAAAAACCCUUUUAUCCUUGAUGGAACACGGUGCUAAACCCCACUUAAAACAUCUCACAGAGUAUUUUAAUUUUUUGUACGAGUUUAGUAAGAUGGGGGAGGAAGAAUCAAAAUUUUUGUUGGCCGUGGGUGCCAUCAAUUCAAUGGUUCAUUUUUAUUUAGGACAAAAAGUGAAUGAUUUUGUUGAUGUCAGUGAAGGCGAAGAAGACGACGAAAUGGUCUCCAUACCCUCCGACAAGUACAAACCGGCCAGUUUAGACAAAAUGAUCACUUUGGUAGCGUCCCUGGUCGAGAAAAGCAGGGAUUCGAACAUGAGACUCCAGCUGAGCGAGAAGGACUACAACGCGGUGGCGGGCGGCAAGGGGUUUUCCUUCCUAUACCAGCAAAUCAAGGAUAAUAUUAACUUGCAACAAACGAGGAAUCUCAUCCAUUCUUUGUGCAAGGGAAACAAUCAGUUGGCUCAGAGUAUUAUUUGUAUGAUUUCUCAAGCUAUAACUAGGCAUUCAGAGGUUAACUUGCAGGGUUGCCAACCCUUCUUCAAGAUCCUCACGCUGCUGACGGAGAGCAACGCGGGAUCCGGCAACGCCGGAGGCUCGAACCAGCCCUGUUUCACUCAGCUGGUGUUGCAGAAAGUGUGGGAGGCUGCCGAGUGUUGUCCUCACUCGGCGCUGGAUUGGCUGGCAUUGCAGGUUACCAGGAACAGGUUGGUGCACUCGUGGGUGCUCAGUUCGAUGGACAGUUGGCUGGAACACUUCCUGAUCGCUCACAGCAAUCAGAGAGUAAGGAACACCGCAGGGUACCUUUUGGUGUCGCUAGUGCCUAGUACCCCAUUUCGUCAGAGUUUUAGAGCCUCGCACAGGAUGAACAGGGAACCACAGCUGUCGUCUGACGCGCAAGUCAUCUUGCACCAAAUAUAUACUGCGCUUUUAAGGUUACUGCCUGCUGCAAAACACUAUACCGAUAUGCAGCAGCAUGGUACAAUGAAGCUAACUACUUAUUUUGCUCUUCUGAUGUACUGCUGUAUUUCUAGGACUGAAAAAUUAAUGUUUGGCCAGUAUUUCCUUCAAUUGUGGCAUCUAUUUCACCCCAAACUUUCGGAACCAUCUAUACCAGCGUACCAUAACAAACAGGCACUUCUAGCUUUUUGGAACCAUGUUUGUACCGACUGUCCGGAAAACGUACAACUUAUGCUAGCUAACGCGCAUGUCACCAAGAACAUAGCCUUCAACUACAUAUUAGCUGAUCACGACGAUCAGGAAAUCGUACUGUAUAAUCGGGCGAUGUUGCCAGCUUACUACGGCAUUUUACGGAUGAUGUGUCAGCAGUCUAGAGUAUUUACUAGAAAUCUAGCAAACCACCAGAAUCUACAGUGGGCCUUCAAGAAUAUCACGCCGCAUCCUACUCAAUAUCCUCAGGCUGUGGAUGAACUAUUCAAACUGAUGCAAAUAAUGGUGAUGAAGCAUCCCGACGCAUCUGAAGCGGAUCAGAGGGAGAUAUACACGUUCAAGAGAGCUACUCUGAUGACGUAUCUACAGUGCUUAGAUGGCAGAACUAGUUGGGGCACCUUAAUCAGUGCCUUCAAAAUUCUAGUUGAAACCAACGAUGACAAACUUUACGUUGUCUACAAUGGAGGAUUACAGAUAGUCUUUGAAUGUUUCCAAAAUUUACACGUGAUGCUUCAUGAAGCGACCGCCUGUCACGUUGUGGUGGACAUGCUGGAGAUUCUGCAAAUACUCUACGACCUCAUGCACUGCAUCAGAGCUUACAGAGAUAAGGACUCGCGUAGCUUAGUUCUAGCUACAAAGGACUGGCUUGAAGUAAUCAGGAAGUUAGCUACGUUGCUGAACACGUACAACCCACCCGAAAUGAGAUCACUCUGUAUAGAUGUUUUGAAAGAGUUUGUACUGAUCAUGACUCCCGAAGCUAUGCAAAUUCUGGUUCCUUUGCUGUCACACUGUCAUUCAGCCUUCCAGGACAGUCACGAUGCAGUUCCUUUAGGUCCCUAUUUUCCCCGUAGAGGUCACUCUAUACCUAUAGUAGCAGGAAAGGGCGGGGCCAGACCCCUGAGACCCAUGGUUCAAAUGACAGUUCCCCACAACCAACUGGAAUGCAGCAGGGGUGUUGAUCCUGAUUAUGACAAGGCUUUGGAGAAGUUUUAUUCACCUUAUCAUGAUUUUAUCGAUACCAUUUGUCGAUUGGCUGUAAACAAUGAUUCGGUGCCUGACGUAUUGAUAAAUUUAAGCGCCAUAGUAGGAUUUGAGGCUGUUCCCUUACAUUCCACCUAUUUUCCGAAGUUGUGGCUUGAUAUACUAAAAGCGCAGCAUAUAGAUAGAAAAUACAUCAGUAUGCUGACGUCGUGCAACUAUUUUGUGGACUAUGUGGAUGCUGUGUUAUUGGAUGAAAGAUAUGCCCUCACUGUAGAUGUCAUUUAUGAAUUUUUGACAGCUUAUUUUCCAAAGGUUUCAAAACAUGUUCUAAGCGAACAAACAUUGAGAAUGAUCAACUCAACGAUUGUCUCCUUGAAUGAGUCCAUAGACUCACCAGACAUCACAAAAAAUCCCAGAAGGUUAGUUGGUGAUUUGAGAGCCUUGAUACUGAUGUAUGGUAGUCCAGAAGCCAAGCCUUUGAGUGUGAUGAAGUGCACUUUGAAGGAACUGUUAGCCAAGGUCACUGUGGAUAUCACUAGCAUGGAAGCUAAAAUUAAAGAAAGUACAGAAGAAACAGAAGAUCAACCAUCCGAAUCAAAACCAGGUACCUCUAAAGACAGUACUGACAGUUCUACGGAAGAAUCUGCCAAAUCCUCAAAAGAAAACGCGUCCAGUGAAUCGGAAAAUCAGGGAAAAUCCAGUAGCGGCGACGACGAGUCCACUGCCAGCGAAAAUGAGACAAAACUCAGUGGAAAAUCUGGAGCUUUACACGAUCUACGUUUACUGGAACAAACUAUUAACGAAUUGGCGGCAGUUGCCGAGAAAAAAGCCUAGAAAGUGUGAUUUUUCACGCGAAAAUUCACGUUUUCUCUCCGAAAGGUUCUAUAUUUUGACAGCUCGUGAUUUAACCUCAAAAUUUGAGUCGAAAAACGCUUUAUUUUUCGUAUUUUUGAACUCAGUACCCGAGAAAAUGUUACUCGGAUGAUCAUAACCUCAAAUUUUUAACUAAAAAAUAUGAUUUUCCCCAAAAAAGUGCUAUUAGGUUCUCAGAAAUACUAUGCAAUCUAAUGAUACAUGAUUUAACCUUAUAAUUCUAGACAAAAUACUCGUUUUCGUGUAUUUUUACGCUUUCAGCGCCUACCGUGAUAUAGUUUUUUUUUGACCAGCAAACAAUAUCAAAAAACUGAUGUAAGAUUUUCCUUAUUUUUUGAUAAUGGUAAUAUGAAAUUGUGCAAAGUUGUUUAAAGGUGGCAGUUCUGACGUAAAUCUUUUUGUUUAAAAUGAAUAAUAUUCUACAGGGUGGUCCGAAAUGUGAUAGGGAAACUUCGGCAGAAUAUUCAGGAGAUAAAAAUAAUUAAAAAAGUUCGUAUAAAAUCAUGUCCUAAAAUUUUUAGAGAUACAGGGUGUAGAAGUUUUAUUUUUAUUUGCCUUUUUUUCUAAGUUAAAAAAAUGAAAUAUAAAUGAAUUCUAUACCCUGUAUCUCCGAAAGUAAGCACUUAGAACAUACAUUUGUACCAACUUUGUUACUUAUUUUUAUCUGCAGAAUAUGCUGUCGAAAAAAAAUUUCCCAAAUACAAUUCAGCCGACCCUGUAUAUAAAGUUAAGCAAAAAAAAUAGGAUAUGUUAAUGUUCUUAUUUUAAAAAGAGCUUCUAUCUUGUUUGCAUCAUGUAAUAAAAUACCCUAUGAUUAGAAAAAUCGGCGUCAAAGUAACUUUUCAAUGACAUCCGUUGAUAAUUUGUCAAAAAUAUUGUCAAUAGUGCUCGUCCCGACAUAGUAGGCUACUAUGACGCCGUUUUAUUUUCGAUUUUAUUCAAGCUUCGCAAAAUCAAUGCAAGAUAUAUAAGAAGGCACGUGUCUUACGCCAUUUCGUUUGUAUAAUUAAGAAAUUUAGUCUAAAUCACCCUGUAUAUAUUUUGAAAUAGAAAAUAUCUUUUUGUCGUUUUUAUUUAGCUUUAAUAUGAUGUCUUCUCGCGUAACUCACUAACGAAUGUAACUAAAGCAUGAGAUGAUUUUCUUAGCAGGGUUUUUUUAUAUCACAUAUAUUUAUUGUUAAUUUUUAUAGAGAGAAAGAUGAAGAAGAAACGUUUGUACAUAAAGUAUAUUUAGCAUUAUUUAAAGAAAAACCGUAACCUUUUUUAGUUUUCCUCAAAAAGACUGUUUAAAAAGUAAA